AUGACAUUUAUUAUUCCCAGUUUUAACUUUAUGGUUUUCCUGCCUGAUAAUGGAUCAUCCAACAAUAUCAAGUUUGAAAGACAAUUGGUGAGGCUCGAAAAAGGGUUGAAAAAACUUGAACAACUCAUUCCCUUGGUCGAAAGGCUCGAGAAAGACUAUCCUCCUAUAAAUCGUAAAAGAAAGUUCUCUGGCCAGAUGGAUUGUGACAAUGAGAUUCAGAAUGAUAAUCCUUUCUGCAUGAUUGCUUUCCUUAAAACUGUUAUAAUCAGAUUGUUAGCACUCGUCUUGGUUCUAAGAAUAAAGGAGAACGAUAGAGGAUUGUUACAUGUAAACAUUUAUAAGGAUCACAAAGCUCAGAAACAGAUUCAGAUCUACAAAGAACAGACCAUUUUGCAAUGGGAUGGAAAAAGACGUGUGGAUUUAAAAGGAUGUGUAGGUGCAAAAGGAGGCGUAGGCGUAAAAAGGGGUGUUAAAGUCAUUUACAACUUAACAGCCGAUUUAGCCUAA